CUUCGCUCAAGCUCGUGUGUACCAAACUGGUUAGCGGAGCGGGUCAUUUGUCCUUCGCUUGCAAGGAAACCUUUACACUGGGGAAUAUUACGAUUGUCUGAAAAGCGGGUUGUGGUGCGCACUCCAUGACCAUCAAGGCCAGCAUAUCCGUGGAAUCAAUAACACCCAUGCCAUACUGAAGUGGUCCAGUCUGUUUACUUCUCGACGGAACACGUCAUCUCCACUCCCGGUGUCCUAUUGCGUCCUCACCAUGCUCGAUGAUAUCCAACUUUCAGUAGAUGACAAGCCUCAAGAGAGCGUUGCGUUUGACUAUCGCAUACACCUGGUGCGACCUCAGUCCAACACACCGUGCCUAGCUCUAGUCCAGAAGGCUUUAGUACAUCGCCGCAUGAUCUGCGAUUUACCGCCGUGCUCGCAGAUGUGUGCCUGCAGUACCGUAGCUGAAAUGAGCAGCUCAUGUCCUGCAGGGGACUAUGGCGCUGACCAUCUCUGAAACGCCUAACGACAUCGGACGUCAUGAAACCGCAUUCAACACGAUCACAUGCUGAGCUAGAAAUGCUGCGCAAGCGGCUGUGCUAGAGCUGGUGCAGGUGGUAGAUUUGCUUGCUGUUUCACCUGCACACAUGCGGCACAGCAGGCCGGCGCUUAGAAGUGCUGUGCUAGUCGAAAUCUUUCGACGUCGUGUGCGGA